GAAGAUCCGCCCCUGAGCCCAGUCUCGGGGUGGCCCAGCAUGGAGGCAGCCGCAGCGCCCAAGGUGACCUCAGGAGUCGCCCCAAAGCUGCAGGAAGCUGGCACUGCGGACACUGCAGGACCCCAAGCUGGACAGGACGCCAGCAGCCCCCUUCCGCAGCCUGCACCCCUUGUGGAAGAGCCCCCUAAAAUCUGGCUCCCUCGGUUCCUGAAGCAGACCUACAUCCGGAAGGUGGGGGACACAGUGAACCUGCUCAUCCCGUUCCAGGGCAGACCCAAACCUCGAGCCACCUGGACGCACAAUGGCCAUGCCUUGGACACCAGCCGUGUAAGCGUGCGGGACGGGGAGCAUGACUCCGUCCUCUUCGUGCGCGAGGCCCAGCGGACGGACUCAGGCCACUACCAGCUGAGUCUGCAGCUGGGCGGCCUGGAGGACACAGCCACCAUCGACAUCCUGGUCGUGGAGAGGCCGGGACCUCCCCAGAGUAUCAAGUUGGUGGAUGUUUGGGGCUCCAAUGCAACCCUGGAGUGGACCCCUCCCCAAGACACAGGCAAUACUGUCCUCCUGGGGUACACAGUGCAGAAGGCUGACAGGAAAUCUGGGCUCUGGUUCACGGUGCUCGAAGGCUACCACCGCACCAGCUGCGUCAUCUCCAACCUCAUCGUCGGCAACUCAUACACCUUCCGGGUUUUUGCGGAGAACCUGUGCGGGCUCAGCGAGACGGCCGCCGUCACAGCCGAUGUGGCUCACGUGCAGAAGGCAGCGGCUGUGUACAAGACGGAAGGGUUUGCGCUGAGGGAGUUCUGGGAAGCACCGAGGUUCACACAGCCCCUGGCAGACUGCACGCCCGUCCCCGGCUACAACACUCAGCUCUUCUGCUGUGUUCGCGCCUCACCCAAGCCCAAGAUCAUCUGGCUGAAGAACAAGAUGGAGAUCCAGGACAACCCCAAAUACAGAGCCCUCACGCAGUUGGGAAUCUGCUCCCUGGAGAUCCGCAAGCCCGGCCCCUUCGACGGGGGCAUCUACACCUGCAAGGCCAUCAAUGCCCUGGGGGAGGCGUCCGUGGAGUGUCGGGUGGACAUGCAGGCUCCUGUUGAGGCUCCCUAAGAGAACAUGAGCUCUAUGUGAAGGAAGCAAACACUGUGGCAAUACCAUGUUCCGUGUUCAUAAGGAGCUUCAGCAGCACGUCGAUUUGGACACAUCUAAAUAAACUUGUGUUCCUCAGUGCAUGUGAACAUUUUUCUUCUAACAUUUUUAUCUGGGAAAAGCACUUAGGAACUUAGAAUUCUGUUAGUUUUGGGUUUCUCCAGCAGGGAAGCCUUCCAAGCAAUGACCAGGAGGCCUGGGGGCCGUUUCUGUGAGUCUCAGCCAAGUGACCAGUGGUUCCAUCCCAGGCCUGAAGCUGUGGCGCUGUUCAGGCCUUACAUUCUUGGAGCAGACCAAGGUCCCACGCUGUGUGCACCUUAACUCUUGGGCCAUCUCCCUGCCAGAGAGUUGGGACACUUCACCAGAGUGCAUGGAACUCAGGGCCUCUGGCUCUUCUUUUUCUUCUCUCCACAUGCUUUCCCACACCUCACUGCUAGCUGAGUGAAGCUCCCCAGCCCAGUGUUGAUAAAAGACGUGGAAGGUGCUUCUCUCUUCAUCUUGGGGCUGGCUGGGGUCAGCUGGACAGUAGGACAUACACUGCAAUACAGUAGACAGUAUGAUGAGUAAAUGUGGACAAGCUAAUUGUGAGGGUUGAGGGAUUCCAGAGAAGUCAGAGCAGAGUUUCAUCCAAACCAGAACAGGACAGAAGUGAGUGCCCUUGACUGUGCUUGUCUUCAAUCUGAAAAGAAGAAAGGUUUUAACAAACACUGUGGGCCAGAGGGAUAGCACAGGGGGUAGGGUGUCUGUCUUGCAUGUGGCCGACCCAGGUUCAAUCCCCAGCAUCCCAUAAGGUUCCCCAAUCCCCCAAGCACCACCAGGAGUAAUUCCUGAGUGCAGUGCCAGGAGUAACCCCUGAGCAUCGAUGGGUGAGACCCAAAAAGCAAAAAAAUAAAAAAUAAAACAACAACAACAACAACAACAACACUGUGGAGGCUGCAGAGACACUGCAGCAGGUGAGGCACUAGCUUGGCACACAACUGACCCCAGUAUGAUCCCAGCACCACACACGGUCCCCUGAGCACCACCAGGAAUGAUCCCUGAGCACAGUCAGAUAUGACCACCCCCCAAAAAAACAAACAAAAUCCCCCAAACCAUUGUGAUGAAGCCUGCCGAAACCAGACAAAAACUAAAUAGCAACAAGGGACCAGGAUGAUGGCUCAGCAGGCUGGAGCACAUACUUUGCAGGCUGGAUUCCUAGCACCUCAUUGUCCCCAGUACUAUGGAGGGGUCCCACCCAUGGUACCAAGCUAUGAAUAGGCCCCAAGAACUAAUGGGUAUGGCUAAAAGACAAAAGGGGCCAGGCAAAUAGUACAGCAGGCCAACCUGGGUUAGAUCCUUUGGCAUCCCAUUGUGGUCACCCAAGCCCCUGCAGGAGUGAUCCCUGAAUGCCCCAAACCCUGGUCUCUGCCGGCCCUCCAGGGCAUCUUUUCAAGUCUAUAUAUUCUCAACCUCCAUGUAAAGGGAUUAAUCUCUAGUCUGGACAAGUUACCGUCAAUUCCGCUGCAUUCAAGAGCUGCAUGCAUGCAUUCAACACUCUGGAGAACCUCCCUUUUUCAUUUUUUUGGGGGGGUAUAUCUGGAUAUGCUUAGGAGAUAUUCCCAACUUAUUGCUGUUGGGGAGCUGGGGGAUCACUUCUGGCAGUGCUCAGAGAACCACACAAGGAUAGUUUGGCCUUUGUGCUGCCUUUGGCUUUUUGUUAACAACUUUCAAAAUUUUAAUUUAAGGAUAGAAAAUUAGAGACUUAGGAGAAACUAACUUCUAAUCUGCUAAAACUUCCAUUUCUCCCUCCCCUCUCCUAAAGGUGAGUGAAAAAAAGUGCUAUGUUGGAAAAAUCAUACAGAGGGUAAGACACUCGCCUGUCUUGAUGACAGUCCCGAUUCAAAUUCCUGGGCACUGAAUAUGCUCCCCAGAGCAUUGCCAAGAGGAACUCCUGAGCACAGAUCCCAGAGUAGCCCCUAACCGCAUGGAGUCCAAAUCCCCAACCCACUUUCCCCCCAAAAGUACAAGCUGCUCCAGGGGAAGAAGCAUGUAAUUACUUACCAGCUUGAAAGGCUCUACUCCGCACGCUGUACCAUCUGCUGGAAGCAGGCACUGCUGUGACCUCUGGUCUCUCACCUCCCUAGCUGAACCCCACAUGCUACUAAAUUCUUCACCAGCAAGCCUGCAGGAUACAAGGCAGUCUCUUUAGCUAGACAAACUCACAAGUUCUGGGUCUCCCUGCCUCCCAUUAUUACACUGCUAAAUCCCAAGACUCCUUUUCCCCUGUGGCUUUUUUUUUCUUUUUGGCUUUUUGGGUCACACCUGGCGAUGCUCAGGGGUUACUCCUGGCUUUGCACUCAGGAAUCACUCCUGGUGGUGCUUGGGGGACCAUAUGGGAUUCAGGGAUCAAACCCAGGUCAGCUGCAUGCAAAGCAAACGCCCUACCCCCUGUACUAUCACUCCAGUCCCACCCCCUGUGGCAUUUCUUAUAAAUCCUGAGAGCUCAGCCUACCACAGAAAACUAGGAAGCAAAAAAAGCUUGUAAAUGGCCACAGGUAUGGUCAUACACUCUUAGUAUUCAAAAUUCAGGCUAUACGAAUCAGGAAAGAGCCUCAGCCAUCCUCUUAGGGACGCCUUAAAGUUUUAGAGCCUUUUUAAGAAGCUGGUUGAGGGGUGGCCCAACCUGUUCACAGGGACCAUUUAAGAAAAUCCCAAGUAAGUCAGUUUUAAGCAUUUCACAAGCACUGCUUUAACUGAGAGGGAGCUCGCUGCAACACCCACCAGAAGCCGCAGGGCACUUGGUGUAAAAACUGAUGUUCGUAAUUAUCCUUCUAAUCUUGUACCAGGACGGUCAUGAACCUCAGAACCUCCCUUCCUCCCCUUCCUCUUCCUCGAUAGAGCCUCCUUGCUUCCUAGAUAAGCAGGGGUCAGACAAUCACAGAAAGGUCAAACGAAUUCACACUCACUGAGCUGGGCUCAUAUUUCAAACACAUCCUUCUCUGAGCUGUUCAUUGUUUAAAGAAAACACCUUGGUUGCCCUCCCAUUCUGAAAGCCUGGCCCGCUUGCCUUGAACCAGGCCAACUAGGGUUGCAUCCUUGGCACGCCAUAUGACCCCCAGAUCUCGCCAAGAAUGAUCUCUGAAUGUAGAGCCAGGAGUAAGUCCUGAGCACCGCCGGGUGUUGCUGAAAAAAGCAACAACAAACGAAACUAAAUCGGACACCAUGGCACUUACCCCAGAGACUGAAGAAAUAGAAGACAAAGCUGUGUUUUUACCUCCUUGAGAGGCUGUUUUAGGAGCCUCGGCAGUUGUCUUAAGAAGCCCAGCGUAGUUAUUCUGUUAAUGGGGAAGCAGCUUAGCUGCUGCUGGAUUUCUUUUUUUUUCUUCUUUUUUUGCUGCUGGAUUUCUAUUGUCUGUAUUCCCCCAGCUUUAUGAUAUUAGUGGGAGGCCACUUUUUGGUUGCUUGUUUUUAAUUUCUUUUCCUUUCUUUUUUAUUGAACCACAGUGAGUUAUACAGCUACAAAGCUGUUCAUAAUUGGGUUUCAGUCAUAUAAUGUUCCCCUGUGGUAUUUCUUAUAUAUCCCAGCAGCUCAAACUUUCACCAGUGUAUACUUCCCACCACCAAUGUCCCCAGGGUGGAAGGUCCUUUAUCAAUACAUAAAUAACUAUAGAGGAAUAUUGAACACACAAGGAGAACAUUAGACUUGGGCACCUGUAGGCCUUAGAUUCGGACCUGAUGUUGUAAACAGCCUCAUCAAAGGAGCAUUAGCUUUAAUGUAUUAUAUGAUCAGAAAACCAAAAAAAUCAAUGUUUCAAGUCAGCAGGAGAUUCAAUGCAUUAUAUGCUGUGGUCAAUAUGAUGUAGGCAAGUAGGUAGAGAAAGGCCCUCGGCAACAAAACAUAGGUCAACAGAACUUCUGGGAGGAAAAUUCUAAGACUGAUCCACCCUAUGGAUACAGAAAAUAGAACUGAUAAGAACUUCAGCCAUCCUCGAGGAGGUUGGACCCUCCCGAUGAAGUUUCUCAAACCCUCGGACUCUCCCUUAAUCUGAUUAAAAUGCGAUCCAGCGAUCCAGCCCUGAGAAGACUUCAGGACUUCCGGAUCAAGACAACCCUAGAAGACCCUAUAAAAGACACCUUGAACAAAGGAAGUGUGUGCAUAUGCGGCCCGAGCCUGUGUGCUGCUUGCACCCACGUGGCCGAUUACAUAUGGUGCCUGAGCACAUGUGUCGCCCGCAUCUCCCCUCUUGAGACGUGUACUUUGAUGCUUUACUAUCUAACGCUGGGGUACGUGUAGGGGCUCUCUCCACCCUUGGAGAAGCCCGCGUUCUCUCUUGAGCAUGUUACUGUUUCUCUUACUCUCCACUCUCCCACUUAUCUCUUCCUCCUUCCCUCCA